AUGCUGAAGCUACUCUUCUUACUGUCGCUUGCACUACCCCUCGCGCAAGCCGCAGAAACAACAAUAUACACUGGCUUCAAUUAUGGCGCCUUCUGGGGUUCAGUUGGAAACGCUAAAACGGCGACCGAUUUCAAGGCUGGUUUUGGCUAUGCACACGAUCUUAAAUCUGCCAUGCCUUUCAACAGUGCCCGGCUAUUUACAUGCAAACAACAAGGGACUAACGACGAGUAUUCACAAGCAUUCGACGCUGCCGUAGAAACCAAGACAAACCUGCUACUUGGUAUGUGGAUCAGCCCAGCCAAAAGAGGCGACCCUCUGGACAACUUGAUCAAGACUGAGCUAUCGGCACUCGGAAAGGGGUUCGAGAAGCACGGCCAGGCUUUGGGAGAUCUAGUCAUCGGACUUUCCGUCGGUAGCGAGGACAUUUUCCGCUGGGAAGAUGAUAAGGAGAACGUCGGUGUCGCUGCGAAGGACGUUACUGCAGCCAUCAAGAAAGUCAAGGACACUAUUGCUUCGUCCGCGUUUGCCAAAUACAUGGCCAACAAACCAAUUGGCCAUGUGGAUACUGCGAAACAUUCAGUGGUCGACGGCGCAGACUUCUAUGGCAUUACUGUGUACCCAUACUGGAACAAGGACCCAGUCGCAAAUGCAAAGGGGAGCUUCAAAGGAACAUUGGACAAUGUUGUUUCACGAGCCAAUGGCAAACCAAUCUGGAUCGCGGAGGUGGGCUGGCCCUUUCAAGGCGCGUCUCAAGGAGCUUCACAAGCCAAUGCACAGAGCUUACAACAGUUCUGGUCUGAUGUUGGAUGUUCCAUCAUUGGCAAGUAUACAACCUUUUGGUUUGAGCUGAUCAAAGACUCUGAAUCAAAUCAGCCUGAUUGGGCCGAGUGCUUCAGCACCGCCAGCAAGCAGCUUGCCUACGACCCCAUCACCUUCUUCAGUACAGUCAUCCGUAGCGUCAUCCACGGCGCCGUCGGCAGCGCCAUCUUCGCGUUCAACCCCGCCCAGGGUGGGUUCCUCACUCCUCCCUUCCUCGCCACCAAAAGUAUGAUUCCGUGGUGUUUAACAAUGGCUGAUGUCGCGUCGAAUGGUCAGCUUCUACCUGUUGCUGGCGGCCCUGCUGGAAAAGACGGCAAGUGCACUCCACCACCUCCGAACACUGCAGCCCCUAGCUCCAGUGUUCUUCCAAAGGACGUUCCAUGCGCCAACUUAUACUGGCUUGCCAUAUUCAUCUGGAAAGCCUGGAAAAAUUCCAGCACCAGCGCCUGCGCCAUCUCUAACUUCAGCUUUACCCGCAUCUGCAUCUUCGAGUGGCAGUGCUUCUGUCGCACCAUCAAGCCCAGCGGCUCCACCUCCAGCUACGCCAUCCAAGGCUCCAGCUCCUGCGCCGAAAUCACCGAGUACAACACUACCGGACUUUCAGAUGGUUUCGGCUAA